AUGGUGAGUGUGCCGGGUCCGACAUCCCCAGAGAGUGGCAGGGGCUGGUUGGAACCGGCGGGAAGUGGCUAUGGCGGGACUCUGGCCUCCCCGCAGUCAGCUCCACAUCUGCGCUCCGAGUUCUCCUUGCCUAGCUGGACCUCAGUCCCCUUCAGCCCUAAGAUGGCGGCUGCGCCGACAGCCGGCCCAGGGCGUCCUGUCUCUUCCCUGCGCUGUAAUUGUGCCCUGGCCUUGAGCCUUCUUGGGGCAGCUGCCAGCAGAGGAUUUCCACCCACUCACAAACACUCACUAGACAUUGAUGUGUCCACACCCCUCUCAGGACAAGGCACCACCCUCAGGAAUUUUACCACAGCAUUUUUGACCCUAGUAUCACUGACAUUUAGGGAUGUGGCCAUAGAAUUCUCUCUGGAGGAGUGGCAAUGCCUGGACACCGCACAGCAGAAUUUAUAUAGAAAUGUGAUGUUAGAGAACUACAGAAACCUGGUCUUCCUGGGUAUUGCUGCCUUUAAGCCAGACCUGAUCAUUUUUCUGGAGCAAGGAAAAGAGCCCUGGAAUAUGAAGAGACAUGAGAUAGCGGAAGAACCCCCAGUUAUAUGUUCUCAUUUUGCUCAAGACCUUUGGCCAGAGCAGGGCAUAGAAGAUUCUCUCCAAAAAGUGAUAUUGAGAAAAUAUGAAAAAUGUAGACAUGAGAAUUUACAGUUAAAAAUUGAUUAUACCAAUGUGGAUGAGUGUAAGGUGCACAAAAAAGGUUAUAAUCAGCUUAACCAGAGUUUGACAACUACACAGAGCAAAGUAUUUCAAUGUGGCAAAUAUGCAAACAUCAUUCAUAAACGUUCAAAUUCAAACAGACAUAAGAUAAGGCAUACUGGAAAGAAACUUUUGAAAUGUAAAGAAUAUGUCAGAUCAUUUUGCAUGCUUUCACACCUAUCUCACCAUAAAAGAAUUUAUACUAGAGAGAAUUCCUACAAAUGUGAAGAAGAUGGCAAAGCCUUUAACUGGUCCUCAACACUUACUUAUUAUAAGAGAAUUCAUACUGGAAAGAAACCCUACAAAUGUAAAGAAUGUGGCAAAGCCUUUAGUAAGUUCUCAGUCCUUAGUAAACACAAGAAAAUUCAUACUGGAGAGAAACCCUAUAAAUGUGAAGAAUGUGGCAAAGGCUUUAGUGUGUUCUCAAUCCUUACUAAACAUAAGGUACUUCAUACUGGAGAGAAACCUUACAAAUGUGAAGAAUGUGGCAAAACCUUCAGGUGGUCCUCAAACCUUACUAAACACAAGAGAAUUCAUGCUGGGGAGAAACCCUACAAAUGUGAAGAAUGUGGCGAAGCCUUUAAUACGUUCUCAAUCCUUACUAAACAUAAGGUAAUUCAUACUGGAGAGAAACUCUACAAAUGUGAAGUAUGUGGGAAAGCCUAUAAGUGGCGCUCAACCCUUAGUUAUCAUAAGAAAAUUCAUACUGGAGAGAAACCCUAUAAAUGUGAAGAAUGUGGCAAAGCCUAUAAGUGGCCCUCAACCCUUAGUUAUCAUAAGAAAAUUCAUACUGGAGAGAAACCCUACAAAUGUAAAGAAUGUAGCAAAGCCUGUAAGUGGUCCUCAACCCUUAGUUUUCAUAAGAAAAUUCAUACUGGAGAGAAACCCUAUAAAUGUGAAGAAUGUGGCAAAGACUUUAGUACGUUCUCAAUCUUUACUAAACAUAAGAAAAUUCAUACUGGAGAGAAACCCUACAAAUGUGAAGAAUGUGGUAAAGUCUUCAGCUCUUUCUCAGUCUUUAGUAGCCAUAAGGUAAUUCAUACUGGAGAGAAAAUCUACAAAUGUGAAGAAUGUGGAAAAGUCUAUAAGUGGCCCUCAACCCUUAGUUAUCAUAAGAAAAUUCAUACUGGAGAGAAACUCUACAAAUGUGAAGAAUGUGGCAAAGCCUAUAACUGGCCCUCAACCCUUAGUUAUCAUAAGAAAAUUCAUACUGGAGAGAAACCCUAUAAAUGUGAAGAAUGUGGCAAAGGCUUUAGUAUGUUCUCAAUCCUUACUAAACAUAAGAGAAUUCAUACUGGAGAGAAACCCUACAAAUGUGAAGAAUGUGGCAAAGGCUUUAGUACGUUCUCAAUCUUUACUAAACAUAAGAAAAUUCAUACUGGAGAGAAACCCUAUAAAUGUGAAGAAUGUGGCAAAGGCUUUAGUAUGUUCUCAAUCCUUACUAAACAUAAGGUAAUUCAUACUGGAGAGAAACCCUACAAAUGUGAAGAAUGUGGCAAAGCCUUCAGCUGGCCCUCAAGCCUUAGUAAACACAAGAGAAUUCAUGCUUGAGAGAAACCCUAUAAAUGUGAAGAAUGUGGCAAAGCCUUUAACUGGUUCUCAACCCUUAGUUAUCAUAAGAAAAUUCAUACUGGAGAGAAACCCUAUAAAUGUGAAGAAUGUGGCAAAGCCUUUAUUAAGUUCUCAGUCCUUACUAAACACAAGGUAAUUCAUACCAGAUAGAAACCCUACGAAUGUGAAGAAUGUGGCAAAGCCUUCAACUGGUCCUCAAGCCUUACUAAACACAGGAGAAUUCAUACUGGAGAGAAACCUUACAAAUGUGAAGAAUGUGGGAAAGCCUCUAAUAGAUCCUCAAUUCUUAACAGACAUAAGCUAAUUCAUACAUGA